GGCGUGAGGGGCAGAUGCGCCAUUGCAGCACCAAGAUGUCGUGAGACCGCAAGGCCAGUAAAGCGUUCUCACGUACGGUGCAUGGAGUUUGAGGCCCUGCAAUCUCCGAGGAUCAGACUGCUGACAGAGGAACAUGGCUGAAGCUCACGCGAUGUCGCCAUGUAUGCAUGAGCUCGCACUUCUUCAGCGCGAGCUGACAAAUGUGACCGUCUUACUAAGCAAGACUCUACGUACACUUCAGAUACAAAGAUUCCCAACUUGACGACUAACAUUCUUCGACUAUCGCAAAAUUGACACACUAUGUCCACCAAGCUUUAUCCGUUGCGCACAGCGCUGAUCGGACUAUCGUCUUCGGGCGCCACUUCCUGGGCCGCCGCAGCUCACCUUCCCGGCCUGCUCUCGGAGGCAGGGCGGUCCAAGUUUGCCAUCAAAGCACUUCUGAACAGCAGUGUUGAUGCAGCAAACUCGGCCAUCGAGAAGUAUAAGCUCCCGGCUGACACCAAAGCUUACGGCUCGCCAGAAGAUCUUGCUGCGGACCCAGACAUCGACCUUGUUAUAUGCAAUACAAGAGUCGACAAGCAUUACGAGGUGAUCAUUCCAAGCAUUAGGGCAGGCAAAGACGUGUUUGUGGAAUGGCCUAUCGCGGGUAAGAAGGAGCAUAUCGAAGAGAUUGUUGAGGCGGCGAAGCAGAGUGGUUCUCGGGUCGCAGUUGGGUUGCAAAGACGAUGGAACCCAGUCGUGUCGAAAGUGAGGGCUCUCAUAAAUGGCGACGAUGUAAAACUGGGCAAAUUGCUGAGUGCAGACGCACGUGUCUUUGGAGCUACGAACGACCGCGAGAUCUUGCCGAUUGGACUCGAAUACUUCACUCACAAGGAAGUCGGUGGAAACGUUAUCUCGAUCGGCGUCGGUCAUUCCCUUGAUGUAUUACUGUCGGUCAUUGGCGAUGUACAGCCUUCCACAGUCCAGGCCAAGACGCAGAUCCAGCGUCCAGACAUCCGCAUCCGGGGUUCCUCAACAAACAAAAUCAUCAAAACAGUCAAGUCUGACGUCCCCGAUCUCCUCUCCUUCAACGCCCAGCUACAACCCUCUCCGCACAUAGCAGACGAUGCCACCCUUGCAUUCUUCUUCCGCCGCGGCCAGCCAUUCCCUGGCACAUCUUCUCUAACAUGGACGAUCAACUUUCAGAAUGGUGAAAUCAGAGUCGACUCGCCAUCAAAGAGCUUCUUCGACGCUGAUCCCAGCGACGACAAGCCUAUCACGAUCCAGGUCCAUCGUUUUGAGGAUGAUAGUGUCGAGAAGGUGGAGUGGAGCUGGAGCUCGGAGCAGGCGGCGCUUCCUGUCCCGGCUCGCGCCGUGUCAGCGACCUUGCAUGCGUUUGCUGACGGUCGAGAUGCGGGAGAUGGCUGGGUGAGUCUCGAGGACGCGGCGAAGAGGGCGGCGUUGAUAGAGAAAUUGCUUAACGCAUAGAGAAUGGGUGCGAACAUUCUUGGUACCUCCAGUUUGAGGGGUACAGCGUGGGAGGGUUGAGAGACUCAAGGCGAUAAUCAGAAACAACUUACUGCUAUCCUUUCCUUCCUCAAGCUCGUACGGCCAUAACUACAUGAGGCUUUUGUGCCACAAAGACGUGGCAUGAAGAACAUGGUUCACAAGAGUUGAAUGCUCUAAUAGUGAUGGAAGACUAUAUGAGAGUGUGCGCGAAUCCUGGAAUGUUUUG